CUCACGAUCGAGGCCAUGACGACACAGCUGGCGGAGGAGUCCAUCGCGGCUGAGCUCAGGGACGAGAAGGGCGCCGGCGACCCGUUCUCUGUAGAUUUCGGAAAGAAGAAGAAGAAGAGGGGCCCGACCUCCGGCGCGUCGUCCCUCGCGGUGACGCCCGGGAUCGGUCGCGACACGUCAUCUCCCACGUUCCGUCGCGAGCUCGCGCGAGCGAUGGGUUUCACCUCGCCUGCGCAGCUCAAGGAACGGGUGGACGCCGGCCAGGAGGCGAGGCGCGUGCUCGUCACCAGAAACGUGGGGCUCGCGAGGACCGUCGCCGCCGAUAUCCACGCCAAGCUGAACGACGCGGACAGGGGCUUACUGUCGGUAUCGGACCUGAUGCAGGAGGGGUGCGCGGGACUGGCCACGGCGGCGGACAAGUUCGACCCCCAGCGAGGGUACAGAUUCAGCACCUACGCGUUCUUCUGGAUUAAAAAAGCGGUCAUCGACUGCGUGGGUAAUAGCGGUAGGACUAUCCGACUGCCCAUCCACGUCAACGAGAACAUCCAGAAGAUGAAGAAGGCGACACGCGAGUUGAAAGAGAUCAAGGUGCGGGAUCCGACCGAAGACGAGCUGGCGGAUAGGCUCGGAUGGAGCGUAGUGAAGCUCAGGCAGAUGAAGGUAUGGGCGUUUCGCACGCCGGUGUCGAUGGAUGCGACCACCGCAAAGAAGGGCGAUCCGUGGGAGGAUGCCGACGAUGCCGUCGCCGAGGCAGCGUCGUUGAACGCGGCGAUGCAGAGCUCGGACUUUGGCACCGGGCUCAACGCGCCGUCGGACACGGCCGAGGCUGACGUGGAUGCAGAUUUGUUGCGAAUGGCCCUUGAGGAGGUGUUCUCGACCCUCCUCCCCCGCGAGGCUUUCAUCCUCAGACACAGGUUUGGCCUCGCCGCCGCGUCGACGGCCAUGGAAGGAGGCGACUGGCUCAAGGCUUCACGCGCCGAGGUUUUGAGCGCGCUCCGGGAUGACGAGGGCAUGGGGACACGGGGCGGCGCCAACUUUAAGACGCUCGGGAACCUCCUCGGGGUGUCGAGCGAGUCCGUGCGCACGUACGAGAGGAGGGCGCUCGCGAAGCUCAAGCAGCCGGACAGGAUCGCGCUCUUGCUCCCUCACCUGAACAUGGAGAAGGACAACAUCAAGCUGAACGACACCGAGGAGUUCGUCGAGGCUCUCAACGUGGCCAUCAAAGAGGCUGACGAUAAGACGGGCGGAAAGGUUCGAGCAAGUCUGUGCAUGAUCCCGCGCGUCGGCGUCGAGGGCGCCAAGGAGGAGGGCAAGAAAAAGCGGCCGAAGCGACGGGGUCCGAGGAAGGUCAAGCAGAUUCAGAGCGAAUCAGCCCAGGCGGCGGCGGCGGCAGAGGAGGAGAUAGAAACGGAGAACGCGGCGGCGAAGGAGAGCAUCAUCGUUAGUUAGCAGCAAUAUCACAAGACCAAUCUCAUUCUUUUCUAAUCUCCACCGCGUCUGUCAGCUCGCGCCGGACCUUCUCAGCCUUCAUCCUGAUCACGUCGUCACUCGAUGACUCACACGGCCCAAGUGCUCCGAGUAUUGCGCGGAGGUGAUUCAGAUCGUUCCUCUCCUCUCCCGCGACGGUCUUCUUGAUCCAGCCGAGUAAGGAUGACGACUGCGGCGCGGGCUCCGAUUCAGCCCGCCGGGAUGGAUCCCUCGCGAGAGACGACGCAACGUCUAGCACGCACGCAACCUUCUCGGGUUCGUCGCACGCCCGCAAAAUCCCUUCACACGUCGGCACGAGAGAUUGCAGCGCGAUGCGUCCCAUCUGUCCACCCCCGAAGUGAAGCGCUGACAGUGCCCAGAUCCGCGAAACCGACGAAUCCGCGGCGACGGCGGCGAUGAGCCGCCGACGCGAGUGCUCGUCAGCGAAUCCACAGUGCGGCGACACAGCCUCAGCCAUGCACGCUAUCAUGUCCCUAUCAAGGUUUUGAUCGCGCCUCUCCCCCGCGAGCGUCGAUUCGAACGCUGUGGAGAGGGCGUCCCACGCAUCCGCGACGGACGCGGCGCGAAAUUCAAAAGCCGAAGAUCGGGUCACCGCCGCGAGGCCGCCCGUCACCACAGCCCUAAAUGUCUUGGCCGCGGCGCCGCGCAGUUCCUUGGACGCCUCCGCCACGGCAGUCCCCUCUUC